UGAAGUAAAGAGAACAGAGAAGCAUUGUGCAAAAAGUCUUUGGAAGUUGUUGUUUAUCUUUAUAUAAAUUUUGUUUCAUAUUUUUGUACAAUUUUGUGAUACUUUUAAACUAGUGUGUUUUCUUUUAUAAAUAUUUUCAUCAAAAUCGUUUUUGUUUUAUCAAAAAUAUCCACAAAAAAACCCAUCAAAAUAAAUAAAAUAAAAUAUCCCUCAAAAAAAGAAAAAGUCAUAACUUAAGUGCAGCAGCAGCAGCAGCAACUCUUCGUCUUCGUCCGUUGUUCGUGAUCAAAAUGAAUCAUUCUUUCUAUCUCUUUCAUAUAAACGGUUAUAACUGAAUUCAAAUAUCAUCCAGCCAAUCAGAGUGACUAGAUUCAAAACUGAACUGUCGCUUCCCCUUUUUCCAACAAAAUAUACAUCUGGAAAUUACUCAACUCUCUCAAGUGCCAAGAAAAACAAAACAAACAACGACAAAUUUCUCCUUUUUUUUUGUAUUUUGUUUGUGUGUUGAAGGGGAAACACACAAGAACUCUCAAUGCAGAGAAACGAACAGAGUACACUCGUGUCUCACUUCACGGUGGCAGAUUCACAUUUAACGAAUUUGUUCCUCCUCAGUCGAAUUCGUUCAUGAGUUGUGUGUGGUGCGUGUUGAUAGUGUUGUUCUUUCGCUCUUCUCUGCCGUCGUUUUCUCUUCUCUGCUGCGCUUAACAUCGCAUAGAAGCAACAAAAACCAAAAUAAUCCAAUCCAAAUUCCCAUUAAAAACAAAAGGAAGGGAAUAGAAAAAACGCAAAAAAGAAAUAAAACAAUAGUCUCUUGUGUUCCACAAAAGUGUUAAUAGAAGAUUAAAUUAAUUUUAAAACAAGUUUUAUUGACUGAUUUACAUUUUUAUUUAACGAACAAGUACAAAACUCUUUUUCAUAUAUUUUUGUGGGUGAUAGAAAACAAAUUCUACAAAAAAAAAAAGAAAAAUGUUUGAGCUAGAAGAUUACUCAAGUGGAUUUCAUGAUGGAUUCCUCAACAAAUAUGCGGAUUCGUCGGGUCCGAAUUUGGACUUUUAUAUAUCGGAUUCACUGCAAGACAUGCUAGACAUUGAUAUCCGCAGUGAAGUUGCAACACUUGUAGGCGGUAGCAAUGAAUUUGGAUCAUUUGGAAAUGAUCUACCCUCUUCAUCAUCAUCGUUCGAUCAAGUCGAUUCAAUUUCAAAUGAUGUCGCUUCCACAUCAACACACAGAAUUAAAAACGAACCCUCCUGGUUGCGAGAACCAACUUGGUCAUCAUCGAGUGACUACUAUUCGGAUGUUGGAGCUUGUGUUAAUCCAAUAACCGUUAUACCAAUUAUCUCAUCGAUGUUAUAUAGAUCACCAAAGACAACACUUAAUACAAAUGGUCUGCGUAAUACAUCAUCACCGCCAGGUAGUCCGGUGGAGAAUAAAAGUCAUUUGCAUUUUUCUCCUCAACAAAUGAGAGUAUCCUACCUUCGACCAGGUGCGGAACAGCAGAAGAAUAAAUUAGAACCAAAUCAUCAACAGCAACAGCAGCAGCAACAACAGCAACCACAACAGCAACAACAACAAAAUCAAUCGAAUCCGAAUUUGAAUUCAAAUUCAAAUUUAAAUUCAAACUCAAAUGCAAAUCCUUUAAAUAAUGUAGUAGUUCAACGUAAAAACAAUGCAAUUGAUUCAAUUAAAAAGGAUUUAUCCUCGGAGCUGAGGAAAUCACCAACAACAAGUCUGAUUAAUAAUAAUGUUGUAAAUUCAUCAUCAUCAUCAUCAUCAUCGUCCACUAUUACCUCAUCGUCUUCGGCUGCCGUGAGUCAACAACAAACAAGACCAACUGCCACGGCCACCUCGACUUCAACAUCAUCGACAUCAAUAUCUAUGACACCUCUGUCGACGUCUUCCGGGGGUAUAAUCAAUUCAAAUGGAAUUAUUUCGACCGGAACGAAUACAAUUAAGCUAGCACCUGGAAUUGGUGGGCUCACAUUCGCCAAUAGCAUAACUUAUAACAAGUUGAAGCAACAAUCGACAACAACUAAGACGUCGUCGGGAGCACUUACCGCAAAUGGAAAUACCAUCGUCUUGAAAAGAGAUCGUGAUUCUAGUCCGCUGCACAAUAUGGCCACAUUGAAUGGCAGCACCUCAUUUCUGGGCAAUCAAAUGUCCGGCAAAAUUCUCGCCCGCAAUGUCAUUCAUACUAAGAACAUCUCGCCAGCCUCACACAUGCAUUCUAAUAAUUCGUCAGGAAGCUCAUCUGUGGCAUCACCCUUGGCAAGUAUGCAACCAACCCUCAUCAGUGUGAAACCGAGUAAGAUCAAGGUAGAGGUUGAGUCUGAGUUUCCCAAGCCAGCUUACUCGUAUUCCUGCCUGAUAGCAAUGGCGCUGAAGAACUCACGAAGUGGUUCCCUGCCUGUCUCUGAAAUCUACAGCUUUAUGUGCGAGCAUUUCCCGUAUUUCAAGACCGCACGCAGUGGCUGGAAGAAUAGCGUUCGUCAUAAUCUCUCAAUGAACAAGUGUUUUGAGAAAGUCGAGAAACCAGCUACCAAUGGCGGACAGCGCAAAGGGUGUCUGUGGGCAAUGAACCCCCAAAAGAUCUUGAAGAUGGACGAAGAGGUCCAAAAAUGGUCACGAAAAGAUCCCAUGGCCAUCCGAAAUGCUAUGGUCUUUCCUCAUCAUUUGGAGGCACUCGAGCGAGGUGAAAUGAAACAUGGCAGCACCGGCGAUAGUGAUGCCGAACUUGAUAGUCAGUCUGAGGUGGAGGAGACCAGUGAUUCAGAGGAAUUAGAUCAGGAAUUGGACGAAACGAUUGUCGAAACUCAUGAGAUGUACGUAGAAGAGGAUGAUGACAGUGGUCCCCAACAGCAUAGAGAUUUCGAUAUUGAGGUUGAAGAUUUUUAUGAUGCAAUCGAUAUGGAGGACGACAAAGAAGCUGUUCGCCUGCAAAUAAAUGCCGAUAAUAUCAUUGAAAUGACCUCAUCCCCGACAUCCUCAAUCGACAACGAUUACAAUUCGCCAAAACGUGCACGUUUAAGUGUCAAUUAUUCGAUAGGACCUGCUGGAGAAGUGCAACAACAAUUCAAACAACAUUCCCAGCAACAUCAACCCCAAAUCAUUCACCAGCAGCACACACAAAUAUUGACUACAAACACCUCAUUUCAACCUCAAAACCGAAGAAAAAUGCAAUUAGUCAAUCGGAUAGCAUAGGACGAAGAUGAUUUUGUAAUUUUCGAAGACAAUUUUUGAGAUCCAUCCUCUCAAAAAAUGUUCUCUCUUUUUCUCUCUCUCUCUAUGAAACUUAAAUUUAAAUCCAUGUGUUCUCAUCAAGCACGUUAUUAUUAUUAUAAAAGAAGAAAUAUUCCUUAUCCAUGUCUUUAUUCCAUGUGGCAAUUUACAUUUACGCAAAAAAAUAAGUCUUUGUCAAUGUAUACGUCGUCCUACCACCCCCUUCCCUCUCUCCCUCACCAUUCGAAAAAUGUUUAAACAAAAAAAAAAUUACAAACAAAAAACUUAUCGUCACAACAAAAAGGAAUUCAAUUUAAUUUUUAAUUUUUAUUUUAAUAUUCCAUUUAUCUUACACACGAAAGAAAAAAGAAAAAUAUGUUUUAAGUUUUUGAAUUUUUGACAAAAUUCUUUUAUGUUUCCAUUAUAUUCCUCCCAACUUUCCUAUUUUAUUUUUAAUUAAAAAAUUCACUUAAUUUUUCAAGUGAAUGUUGAAAGUUACACAAAAAAUGUUUACGCUUCUUUAAAAUUUACAUUUUGUUUGUUUUUGUUUUAGAAAAUGAAAUAGAAUUUAAUAAAAAGUAUAUAAUUUUAAUUAUACUGUAAGUAUGUAAAUAUUAUAUUAAUUUUUGGUAUUAAGUAAUUUUAGUCUAUAAGAAUUAGUUGUUUAGUUCAUUCAUUCAUUCAUUCAUACUACAACAAUAUAAUAUUAAAAAAAAGUAAGUCAUUAAAAAAAAAAUACAAUUAGCAACAAUAAAAACACAGAAAAAUAAAAAUAACUAAGAGGUCACUCGGUGGAGAGUUAUAAUUGUAAAAUUGUAAACAUUAAACUCUCCACCGAUUGCUUUCUUGUUACAGACUUUGCCAAAGUGUUUUCUUUUCUUAAUCCCUAUGGUUUCUGUGAAGGAAUAAAGCAAGUCAAGGUUUCGAUUAAUACAAGUAUAAAAACCUUAGCUUAAAAGAAACAAUUAUAUCAAUGAUUUGAGUAGAUUCCAGUUGUUUGUCGAAUCGAAUAAUAAACAAUUGUUUAUUUAUAUAACUUGGAUUUUCAGUUCAAUUUUGAUUUAGUUUUUUCUUUUUAUCAUAUUCCUUUACUUCUCCUCUUGUCUCAUCUCUAUCAUCAUUAUCUUUAAUAUAAAUUUUAUCCAAAAUGACAUAAUACAAAAAAGUACAACAAUAAGUUGUUCUUCAUAUUUUCCAUGAAUUCAAGUUUGUGUAAGACGAUUUUUUAUCGAUUGCUUUUGAUUUCUUAUUUUUUAGAAAAUAAAGUCUUGAUAAAAAGUAACUUUUCAAAGAAUUGAAAUCGAUUCUUUUUGUUUUGUUAUUACACAACAUGCCGAUUCAGUAUUUUUUAAUAUUCUUUCUCUAUAUUUUUGUUUUGUUUUUCUCUCUUCUCAAUUUGACACUCCAAAAACAUUCUCAUUUUGUAUAUAUUUAGAACAUUUAGACUUAAGUUAAGUUGAGUACCUAUAUACUUAAAUAUUAAUAAUUAGCUUAAAUAAUAAGCAAUAAAAAACAAAAACAAAAAAAAAGAUCCACUGAAAGUAACCAAUUACAACAAACAGACAUAAAAGAACAACAAAAACAAAACCUGCAGAAGAAGCAUUUUUAAUUUCCCAUAAAAUAAAAGUACAAAUAUGUAAAACAACAAAAAUUCUUAUAUAAACAUUAUAUAUUAUAUAUAUUUAUAUGCAAAACCAAUAACAAAACAAACAAAAAAAUUAAAUAAAAUAAAAUAAAAGAAAUAUUUUUCUACAUAAAUACAUAAAAGUAACAAUUAUGUAUUUUUUUCUUACAUACGUACGCAUUUAAAUAGAAUUAAAUAAACAAAAAGAAAAAAUUAAAAAAAAAAUAUCUUAAAUUAUAAUUAUUUGUAUGUAUAAUCAAACUUAAUUUUAGUAGUAUUUUUAGGAAGUAAUCCUAUUUUAAACAAAAAAAAAAAUUACAAUAAACACAAAAAAAAGUUAUAAUAAAAUUUGUAAAAAAAAUAAAUGAACAAUGUUUUUUUUUCUUUGUUAUUGAAUUAAUUAAAAUUAUAUUCAAUAAGUAAGAGGUGUCAAAAUAAAUUAUGCAUUUACAUUUUUGUAAUACAGUUUUAUAAGUGAGACAUGAAAACAUGAAACAAAAAAAGAAUAAAACGAAGUCAGAAAAAAUAGUUUUUAAAAAUA